AUGCAUCUGCGUGCAGAUACUGUGAGAAGCUGCAAACACCAUCACUGUAAUCAUCACACCUACAAGAAGCUGUUUACUGGCUUGCAUGACAGGGGAUGAUAAUCAUUUCUUUGCAUCCCCUUUCAAAGUGUGAAAACUUCCUUUUUCUGUAAAGUCUCAUUCUCGGAGUGAGGCUGUGUGUGACAGACUGAUACAAGUGGGUCCUCUGAGUUUUUAUUAUUUUCAGAAAUCCAGUUGUAGUCCCACAUGAGAUGGAGGCUCAGACAGUCAAGUGGUUGGUUCUUCUGGCCCUAAUAAAACAUGUUUCUACAAGUCCCUUUAAAGUAGAACCUGGUGGGCUGCUGGCUACUGAGGGAUCCUGUGUUGAAAUUAAAUGCCAAGUCACAGAAGAUGUUGAUGAUCAUGAUGCAAACUGGUUUUGGAUGAAAGACUAUACAUCCACUGUCAUUUACAGCACAAACACCGUGACACGUCCGGUCAGUCCUGACUUUGCAAACAGAGUGAAUUACAUCGGUUCUCCAUCUUCAAGUUGGCAGAAUGCUAACUCUGCCGGGGCGAAGCCACAGUGCAGUAUUUUGAUCUGUGACCUGAGAAGAAGUGACAGCGGAAAGUAUUCUUUGACAUUCGUAGGGAGGGACAGAUGGUUAUCUGAAGAAGUGACCCUAAACGUUGAAGUAAACCGAUGCCCGCUCACUUUUGAGGGACCAGCUGCUGUGGUGGAGUCCGACGUGGUCACACUCACAUGCUCCACUUCAAGUUCAUGUCCUUCAAACCCUCACAUUCAAGAUGUGACUCAAAUCGACCAGACACAGGUCACAGGCUAUCAUCAGGAUAAGGAGAGAACCACCACCUUCAGCUUUACAGCCAGCAGGCAGGAUGAUGGGAGAGAGUUUUCAUGCCAAACACAGGACAACACGGACAAAUAUUUGAUCCGGAAUAUUACAGUCACUGUUAAAUACCCCCCCACUGAACCUAAACUGUCUAUGAGCUCUGAGGUCACAGAAGGUCAGACCAUCACCAUCAACUGCACUGUUGAAAGUUUCCCACAGUCAACUCUCACCUUGAUGAAGACCUACCCAAAUCCUCAGGCGUUAAUAAUCACUGAAGAAAAUCUGUAUUCACGACCCAUCAACUCUCUCUACCACACGUUUACUGUGACUUCAUCCGACGCUGGAUGGUACUUCUGCCGUGCCAGGAACACUGAGGGCUCAAAGGACAGCAAGCAGCAGGAGUUUGUGGUGAAAUACCCGCCCACUGAACCUAAACUGUCUAUGAGUUCUGAGGUCACAGAAGGUCAGACCAUCACCAUCAGCUGCACUGUUGAAAGUUUCCCAAAGUCAACUCUCACCUUGAUGAAGAUCAACACAAAUCCCCAGUCUAUAAAAAGCACUGAAAAUAAUAUUUAUUCACAAACCAGCAACUCCCUCUACCACGAGUUUGAAGUGACUUCAGCCGAUGCUGGCUGGUACUUCUGCCGUGCCAAGAACACUGAGGGCUCAAAGGACAGCGAGCAGAAGGAGUUGGUUGUGAAAUAUAAGCCGAGGAAGCCGAGCAUUUCUGUCAGUGGCUCUUCUGAUAACCAAGUGAAAGUUGGUGGUUCUCUCAUGUUAACCUGUGUCACCGAUGCCAAACCUGCUCCGAGGACUUACUCCUGGUCCCGCAGCAAAAAUCAACAAACUGACUCUUGGUGGAAGAACACAAACAGACGAGAGCUGAGUUUAACAAUACAAAGAGCAGAUGAAGCUUGUUACAGCUGCAGCGCCUCAAACCUCAUUGGUAGAGGGGAUAAGAGUCAACCAGUGUGCAUACAAGUACUGUGUAAGUACUAUGAUGUUUCCAGUGACUUUCACGUGAAUUCAAAUUCUUUGGUCAUCUGCUUCCAGCUUGAGGAACCAGAGAGCCUGCAGGACUAUGAUGACAUUGGUUCGUUGGAGGAAGAAGAAGAAGAGACGAACUUUCAUCAUAUCAGGAUGUUUGUUUUCAUCUGGGCGACUCUGCUUUUCUCUCUGAGAUUCAGCGAUGCUGAGACAGGUUCUUCAGUGUGGGGGAAAACAAGUUGUCCGUUGACGGAUUACUGUAUCACUCUAGUUGAAGGAGAAAUAACAGCGGAGGCCGGAAUCUGUGUUGUGAUACCAUGCUCCUUCACUGUUCCUGAGGAUAUCAAAGUCUUACAUAUAGUUUGGUUUAAAUGUGAAUCGACUGAAGGGAACUGUGGUGAUGGAGACAUGAUUUUCAACAGUAACACCUUCAGCGAUCAGGUUCAGUCGGAGUUUAAAGGACGAGUGUCACUGCUGGAGUCUGAUGUGAGCCAGAAAAACUGCAGCAUCAUCAUCAAUGACCUGAAGGAGUCGGACUCUGGAGAAUAUAAACACAGAGUUGAAGCUUUACCGGUGGCAGGUUCAGGAACAUUCUCCCAAACAGCAACUGUCUCUGUUAAAGGUCUGAGUCAGAGGCCCACAGUGAUGAUUCCACCUCUGACGGAAGGACAGCUGACCACACUGACCUGCACUGCUCCUGGUCUCUGCUCUGGAUCUGAACCUACAUUCACCUGGAGGUGGCGAGGAAGAGGAGAGAGCGACGCUGACCUCACAGGAAACAUCACGGCCUUCAAAACUGAGAACGUGGCUGCGUUCGCUAAGAGAAGCAGCUCGACUCUGUCCUUCUCCCCUUCAGCUGAACAUCACGGAACCAACAUCACCUGCACGGUCCUCUUCCAAGCACACGUGAGCACAGAGGAGACGGCGACUCUGAGUACACACAUCACGGAGUCGGCAGAGAAGCAGGAGCUUGACGGGAGGAGCUCCGUGAUGCUGAGCUGCUUCAGUCACAGCUUUCCCCCAGUCCAACUCUACUCAUGGUACAGGAAGAGUCAGGGAGAGGAAAAGGACGAACUUGUGUCAGAGCAUCAAAACCACACAGUGUACUCAAACCAGUCAGGAGUCUACUACUGCGUCGCACAAAAUGAAGCAGAUCAAAGUUUGUCUUAUCCCGUCCAUCUGUUUGAACGAAACUCUCUGCACAUCCUGAAGUUCAUCGUUCCUGCUCUACUUGUCCUGAUAAUCAUCAUUUUAAUCGUCGUAGUUUUAAGACUCAGGAAGAAGAAAUCUAUUCAACAAGGAACAACAAACACCAAUUCCCCUUCUGGAUUUUUGGGUUGGUGUAAUGGUAUCAGGAGGAGGAGUCUGACAAAUGAGAAUGUCUCUGUGGAGCCUUUCAGGAGCAGAGACGACCUCUUGUCAGAGCAGUUGAGGCGUCCAGAUGCCCAACGACACCAGCCUCUUCCAGACAGCACGCCUCCAACCGACAUCAACCUUGUUUACAGCCUUUUGAAUCUGCCCCAGGCUGCCUCUGCACGAAACCCCACAAGACAGCAAGAUGGAAACACUGAGGAGGAUUCUGUCAACUACGCUCCUCUGAACUAUAAGAAUAAGCUAAAGAAGAAGCAAAGAAAGGUGGAAGAAGACCCUGUGUAUGCGAAGGUGUCCAAGCCAACACAAGUUAAAAAGAAUGAACCAGAGAGCCUGAAGGACUAUGAUGAUAUUAGUGAUGCAGCUGCACGUGCACCAACAUCUCCAAAUCUAUUUGACGACCACACCAGUGAAGGUGAAGUGGAGCUGAACUUUCCACAGGUGAGAUUCACAGCGACGCCCCGACGUCAGACGACCAACAGAGACUCCAGCAGCUCACACCAAGAUGAGAGUCUUUACUCUAACGUCGGGAUUUGACCCGAGAUGUUCUCGUCCUGCUUUUUACAGCUACCUCGGGCCCGAGGAAGUUUAUAUUCACAAUAAGUCAUCACAGAGAGUCUGAAGAGUUCAUGUGUUAAACCAUGUUGCCAGUUGGAGUAUUUUAAAACAAGUUAGCAAGAAGGCACAGAAGUUACAUUACUGAGCUAAAAUGGAUAAAUAAUAAAAACUGUUCAUUUAAGGUUUUGAGGAAAAUAGUGAACUCAGCUAAAUGUGAGGGAUAAAAGGUUAAAAUCCAUUUUUUUGCAACUUAAAAUGUGAAUAAUGUGAGUGUAAAAUGAUUGUAUUAGUACCUUUUUAUAUAAUCUAUAUUUAUAUAAAUGAGAUGCAGUUAGACAAGAAAUGCUGAGAAUCACUGCUGAAUGUUUGUUUUGUGCUUUCCAGUGUUGUGAACUUAAUCCAAACCCACACACCUGAAAUGUAAAUAUCCUGUAGCUCAAAAUAAAAUAAAAUAUAUUGGAACAAAUCAUGAACUUUAAAGUUUAUUAACAUUAUUGUGGGAUUUGUGAACAUGUCACAGCACAAAAGUGGUUUCUGAAGAAUGCAUGUACACACAAAACGCAUUGUAUCAUUAUAUGGACAUAAUCUUGUGAUGCAUUUCUAUAAACGCUCAGGGGAGGUUACCAAAGGGGAAGUGAAGCGGCGGCUGGCGGCGGCAGAACAGGACUUGGCCACAGUGUCAUCAAAGCUGGUGGAGAUGGCCAUGCCCAGACACGCCCGUUAUGCCAGCUGCUCCUUCACCGCCAUGCUGCAAGCUCUGAACAGCUCCAUUGAUGAAAUGGCGGCUGAUGCCGAGAAGAUCGUGGCUGCAGCUCUCGGGGAGAGGGAGUGAAAUCAUUCGCUGCCUCAUGGCGCCUCAGAGACUCACAAACUGAAGAGACUGAGGCCGGACUAAAGCUGGAAGCUGGUCACUUUGUGUGUGUUGAAGCUUAUUUGUUUGUGCACGUGUGUGAUGACAAUAAAGAUGUGGAAAAGUGA